UCUUCUUCGUCUGCAUCUCUGAUUCUAGAGAACGCUUCGUCGACGAGAAGAUCUACGAUUAGAGUCGUAAACAAUGGCGUCUGGAGUCGUCGGAGGAGGCGGAACCUUAUCGGAGGCAUACAGCAGCGCGAAAAAGAUUCUCCUCAGGGCUCGCGACGGGAUCGAGAGGCUGGAGAGGUUCGAAUCCGCUUCUCUCGUGGAUUCUUCCGAUCUCACCUCCUCCGUGAAACGCGACAUCACCGAGGUCCAGUCUCUAUGCGCCAGCAUGGAUGGUCUCUGGCGCUCAAUCUCCGUUAAAUCCCAGCGCGAUCUCUGGAGAAGAAAGACGGAACAAGUUGGAGAAGAGGCUGAGUAUUUGAACAAAAGUCUGGAGAAAUACAUGUGGAGGAAUCAGAGGAAGAUGACUGAAGCGAAAGAGAGGGCGGAUUUGUUGAACAGAGGGAGCGGAGAAGGAGCACACAUCUUGCAGAUAUUUGAUGACGAGGCUCAAGCGAUGAACUCUGUGAAGAACUCUAAGAGAUUGCUAGAAGAUUCGUUUUCAAGUGGAGUUGCCAUCCUCGCCAAGUAUGCUGAGCAAAGGGAUCGUUUGAAGAGGGCACAGCGUAAAGCUUUGGAUGUUCUGAACACAGUAGGGCUCUCCAACUCUGUACUCAGGCUCAUUGAGAGGCGCAAUCGCGUUGACACUUGGAUCAAGUACGCUGGUAUGAUCGCGACGAUUGUCAUAUUGUAUCUGUUCAUUAAAUGGACACGCUGAAUCUAAGGAAAUUGGAACACGAUGUAGUUACACAGAUUGUAUGUAGAGAGUUAUGUGGCUUGAUCCUAUGCAUUUUUUUUUUUGGUUUUGGUUUGUCUCUUACAAAGACAAUUCCCGCAUCUUAUAUAGUUCAUCAAGUUUGAGUUUGUCAAAUUAUGUCUCCAUUUACUUUACUGAUUCAUUGA